AUGGAAGAUCAAGAACAAAAACAACAUGUUCAGACUCAAAGUUCCAACGCCAAUAAUCCAAACAGCACUGAAAAGAGUGAAACUGUGAGAUCAAGAUGGACACCAAAGCCUGAACAAAUCCUCAUACUUGAAUCCAUUUUUAAUAGUGGAAUGGUGAAUCCACCAAAAGAUGAAACUGUUAGAAUAAGAAAACUUCUUGAAAAAUUUGGACCUGUUGGUGAUGCUAAUGUUUUUUAUUGGUUUCAAAAUCGUCGCUCUCGUUCUCGUCGUCGUCAGAGACAGAUGCAGGCUGCAGCACAACUAGCCGCAGGAGCCGGUGCAAAUCUUUAUCACCAAUACCAGUGCAGCAACACCAACAGUAACUCUAUCUCUGUUGGUGCUGCUGAAGGUUUUGGUGGUUCCUCUGGUCUCACUAUGAUGAACUCUCCUUCUGAUUCUUCUUAUAAUCAUAAUUUUUCGAGUUCGUCUUCUUCGUCUAGUGCUGGUGUCGGUGUCGGUGGCGGAGAAGAAGGGUUUCGUGGUUUAUUUUUAGGUUCUUCUCAAAUUAAUUUUCCUGAGAUUGAGCAUCAUACUUCUGCUGCUUCAUCAGUUUUGAACCCUUCUCAUGAUCAUGCUUUAAAUUUGAACUAUCAUCAUUCAGGAUUUGGGGGGAGUAAUGUUUCAGGUUUGAUCACAGUGUAUAUCAAUGGAGUUGCAACAGAAGUAGCAAGAGGUGCAAUUGACAUGAAAACAGUGUUUGGUGAAGAUGUUAUGUUAAUUCAUUCCUCUGGAGUCUCAGUUCCAACCAAUGAGUUUGGUAUCUUGAUGCAGAGCUUGCAGCAUGGUGAAAGCUACUUUCUGGUUUCAAAGCAAACACAAGUAUGA